AUGGCGGCCACAUCUAGACUCCUGGUGAAUUACAAAGAACCUUAUCGCUCCCAGAUUUUAGAUUAUCUGUUCAAGCCAAAUUUUGGUGCUUCUUUGCAUAUCCUGAAAGUAGAGAUUGGAGGUGACGGACAAUCAACAGAUGGCACUGAACCCUCCCAUAUGCACUAUGAAAAUGAUGAGAACUACUUCCGGGGUUAUGAAUGGUGGCUGAUGAAAGAAGCUAAAAAGAGGAACCCCAAAAUUAAACUGAUUGGAUUACCUUGGACAUUUCCAGCAUGGAUAGGGAAGGGUGAAAACUGGCCCUAUGACUAUCCAGAUGUCACCGCUUACUAUAUUGUUUCUUGGAUAUUAGGAGCUAAACAGUAUCAUGAUUUGGACAUUGAUUACAUUGGGAUAUGGAAUGAAAGGGCAUUUAAUAGCAAAUAUAUUAAGGUACUUCGACAAUCUUUGGACAGACUGGGUCUAAGGAACAUUGGCAUCAUCGCUGCGGAUGGAGAUUGGAACAUUUCAAAGGAGAUGAUAGUUGAUCCCUAUCUUAAUGAUGCUGUUGAGGUAGUCGGGGCUCACUAUCCUGGAACAAAAACAGUGCCAAAUGCCUUAUUAACUAAGAAGAAGCUGUGGUCUUCAGAAGAUUACAGUACUUUCAAUGAUGAAGUAGGUGCAGGCUGCUGGGCUCGGAUCCUGAACCAAAACUAUGUGAAUGGGAACAUGACCUCAACCAUUGCAUGGAACUUGGUGGCUAGUUAUUAUGAAGAGCUGCCCUUUGGUAGAUGUGGAUUAAUGACAGCACAAGAGCCGUGGAGUGGCCACUACAAAGUAGAAGCUCCUAUCUGGAUUACAGCACACACAACACAAUUUACUCAGCCAGGCUGGUCAUACUUGCAAGUAGAUGGACACUUAGAAGGAGGUGGCAGUUUUGUAGCACUGACAGAUGGCCUAGGAAACCUUACCAUCAUCAUUGAAACUAUGACCCAUAAUCACUCUCAGUGUAUCAGGCCUCCACUGCCUCAUUUCAGUGUGACACCUCAGAGAGCAACUUUCUACCUUAAAGGGUCAUUUUGUAUGGUGGAAACACUUCAAGUGUGGCAUUCUAGACUUGGUUUUGAGUCUGGAAACUCUAGUCUUUUCCAGCAACUCCAUCCUGUAAAGGUGUGGAAGGGAAGUUUUUCUUUAGAUCUAAACGUGGAUGAAGUCUACACUUUAACCACACUCAAGACAGGGCAGAAAUGUGGUUGUCCAGAGCCUCCACCACCUCAGCCCUUUCCUUCAAAUUACAAAGAUGAUUUCAAUAUUCGUAAUCCACCUUUCAGUGAAGCCCCAAAUUUUGCAGAUCAGACAGGUGUAUUUGAAUACUUUGUAAAUGCUUCUGACCCAGGAGAUCAUGUGUUCACGCUCCGCCAGGUGGUGGUUCAGCGACCCAUCACUUGGGCAUCUGAUGCAGACCAGACCAUCAGUGUCAUAGGAAAUUUUCGGUGGGUAAACGUGACAGUCACUUGUGACAUCUACAUAGAAAACCAACGUGAUGGGGGUGUGUUUAUUGCAGGAAGAGUUGACAAUGGUGGGAUAUAUGUUCGACGUACCAAAGGAGUAUUCUUCUGGGUUUUUGCAGAUGGCACCUACAGAGUCACUGGUGACCUAGCCGGAGAAGAAAUAUUAAUGAAGGGACUUUCUGGUGUCCGGGAUAAUGUGUGGCACACACUUACUCUCAACAUUCAGGGCACUUCUGCCUCAGGACUCUUAAAUGGUUAUCCACUCUGGGAGAACGUCACCAUUUCUAAACCAAGCAAUGGCUGGGCUGCUAUUGGAACUCGCUCGUUUGAGUUUGCACAGUUUGACAACUUUCAUGUUGAAGCCAGCUGAGGUGGCUUUUGGAUUUGGAGAACCCAGUUCUCAUAUUACUUUGAAUAAGAGCCAGUUCAAACUUUGAGGACAGCUUUGCUGAGAUUGAUCUGCUGGCAAGGAGUCUGAAUUCUGUCCUUAUUACUUGUUAAAGGUUUAUUUGAGUAGGCAUCAACAUGACUGUAACUUUAUCCCCUGGUUGCUAUGGGAUUUUUGCCCUUCAAUUUUGGGGGCUAAAUUUUAGUUCAAGGUAAUGAUGAAAACAAAAUAAUGGAUUUAAAUCUCACUUAAUAACAACAUCUUAACUGCUCAACUUUCUCUUAAGAUAACUUUAGAAGUUAACAGAAGACCAGAGGCAUCUCAGGUUGCAUUUUUAACAUUUACAUGAUUGUGUCCAUUCCUUUCACUCUGAAAGAAAGAAUUAAAUGCCUUAUGAGCCAGUGCCCUCAUAUUUAUGUAGGUCUGUCAUUCCUAAAUUUCAUUUGGAUGAAGUUCCUAGUUUUUCUGUAGUAAAAAAAUGUUGUUUUGUCUGUUUUGCUGCUAUAGUCUGAAGCUAGACAUUACAGUACUCCAAGUGCAUUUGAUUACUUCUUCCUGAUUGCUUCUUCCAACUUUCAUUGCCAGCCUUAAAAUAGAUCAUAUUUUCAGUGGAAUGGAAAUGUGCCUUGUGGCUGAUCAGGCAGUGCAGGUUGUGCCUUACUUCUAAACUACCUCCUCUUUCCAAUGAAAGGGUUGAAAUGGACAAAAAGAUACCAUAACUUGAAGUUUGCUAAUGAUAGCUUUGUGGGUUUUUUUGCAUGGUGCAAAGAAUAAAAACUUUGCGUCAUGGAUGCUGGCAAGCAGAGUGCUUACUUUUGUGUCAGUCACAUUUGGAACAACUGGCCUUUUGUUCCUAGAAACUUGGGCAACCAUCUCUCACUCUUGAUGGAUCUAAAGCUUAGAGCAGAAAAUAAUUAAAGCAUAACAAUGCUAUUUAGCUUAAUAAAUUCCUGUAGCACAGAGGAAAUAUGGAUACUAUUGCAUCCUGGUAUAAAAGUAAAAAAAUAGUCUUUACCCUUAUGAGCUUGUAAUCUUUUCAUAAGGUAAGUGACAGCAGGUGGAUGCAGACAGAAUUGUUUGGUGCUCCAGGCAGUGGUAUUGACACAAUAGCGUCUGUUUUUAAACUUUUCCUAGGCAUCAUGGAAUAAAGCUCAGAGGGAGGAAUUUCAAAUCUUCGGGAAAGGAGGGAUUCUGUUUUGCUGUUGCUUCACUGGUUUUUGUUUUUUUUUCCAAGUUAUUGUGCUACAAAAAAAAAAUUAAUUGAGAAUAAUGAGGUGCUCAAUGGGAUUUUCAUCAUACACAUUCCAAAUUCAGUUGGCUUCUGAAUUUUUCUUGUUUGCUUUUGGUCAGUUUGAAUGAAGAUGGUGUCUAUUGCCAUAACAAAACGUGCAUCCUGUGUCUGUCUACUUCUCACAUUCACAUCCUAUUUAAUUGACAAGCAAGGAGUUCCACAGACUUGAUAGGGCACCAAUAGCUGUAUGAGGCAAUAUCUUAUCCUGAGAAACAGAUUUGCAGUAUACUUCGAUUUAUACAGAUUAUUUUUCUGAUCCGCUCUAUUUUGAAGCCUGAUUCCUGUAAGUGUUAACUUCAGUCUUCGAAGUUCUCAUCUAAUAUAGAGCUAAUGUAAUAUGAAUCAUUACUGGAAAAGUUUUAUAAAGGUUAUCUUCCAAAUUAGCUUUUGGAGAAGAGAUCUCAAAAUUGCAACUCUAAUAGGUAAAAAUGUUUUAUCUGUUAGCUAUUAUACUGAUACUGCUAUUGAUUGGUUAUGAAUCAUUUAUACGUGCAAGUUUCAAACCUGCUAGUAACCUUGAAAAACGGUCCAAACACUAAACUUUAAAACUCUUGUAGAAGGCUUCCAAAUAUUAAGUAACUAUUUAUUUAACAGGGUGAAAAAUGAAAGCCAUUUUCCCAUUUCAGUUUCAUUUGAUGGUUGAAGUAUGGAUGUGAAUAUGUUCAUUAUUUGCUUGAUUUCAGAAGGCUUGUCACUGGCAACUCCAGAUGUGAAGGAAUCUAAUUUUACGUCCUCAUAUUCAAGUAAUGUGAGCAUAGGGGAAGUAGUUCUGAAAAUUAACUUAUUUUAGCUGUGAUGGAUUUUUGUGGUAGGAUACUUCUUGGAGACUUCCUGGUAGCUUAUGUGGCUGCAAGCAGUGUUUGUGUAAGGGAGAGGUCAGCAAUGAUGCAAUUAUUCCAAAGGAGUUGUCCAGUUUUUUCUACCUUUUAAUGCACUAGUGUAAUAAACGGUACUGUUAUACUGUGUACUAAACACAAGGUAUUUUAUCACUGGAAGUGUUGUUUUGUUUUUUUUUCUAAUCUUAAUUUAUAAUGCUAGAGGAUUAAAUUGUUAUGAACAGAGUAAGUGAUUUAAUGGUGAUAUAAUGUUAUUCAUCUUUAUAUGUCUGCAAUUCUUCACCCUUCAGCAGGCUGUAAUAAGUUUGGCAAUAACAAGCU